AAACUGUGUGGGACUAAUUACCCACUCAGCAUCUGCUUCGUGGUGGUGAAUGAGUUCUGUGAACGAUUCUCCUACUAUGGCAUGAAAGCCGUGCUGACGCUGUAUUUCCUCAACUACCUGGAAUGGGACAAAGAUCUUUCCACUGCCGUCUAUCACGCCUUCAGCGGCCUGUGCUACUUUACACCCAUCCUGGGAGCCCUCAUCGCCGACUCCUGGCUCGGGAAGUUCAAGACCAUCAUCUACCUGUCUUUUGUUUACGUCAUCGGCCAUGUGGUCAAAUCAGUGGGAGCCAUUCCCACUGUGGGCAACAAGGAUUCACACAUCUGUGUUCAUUGCUGGCAGCAGUCUGUACAAGAGGUCUCCACCUCAGGGAAACAUCCUGCUGCAAGUCUGUAACUGCAUUGGAUUUGCCAUUAAAAACCGCUGGAAGAGCUCAAAGUCCGACCCAAAGAGGAAGCACUGGCUGGACUGGGCUGAAGACAAAUACUCAAAGCGUCUGAUUCAGGAGAUUAAGAUGGUCCUGAGGGUUCUGGUGCUCUACAUCCCCUUGCCAAUGUUCUGGGCUCUGUUUGAUCAGCAGGGCUCCCGCUGGACCCUUCAAGCCACAAGGAUGAACCUGGCUUUUGGAGAAUCCUUCACCAUUCAGCCUGAUCAAAUGCAGAUGCUGAACGCUCUGAUGAUCCUGCUCUUUGUGCCCAUCUUUGACCUCAUCAUAUAUCCACUGGUUGGCCUGUGCAGAGUCAACAUCACGCCUUUGAGGAAAAUGGCUGCAGGAAUGAUAUUUGCAGCACUUGCCUUUGGAGCAGCCACAUUGGUGGAGGUCAAUGUUGUGAAAACUGUGGUGGAACCAGCACCUGCAGGGAAGUGUCUCCUGCAGGUCGUUAACCUGGCAGAAGGAAACGCCACCGUGAAUAUUCUGGACAGCAGCUUUACGAUCUCACAGCUUCAGGACCCUCCGCAGUACAAGCUGCUCCAUCUCCAGGAUUCCAGCAAAGAACUCGAUAUUGAAGUUACUCUUGGUGCAAAGACAACGUGCCGUCAGACGUUUACACAGGAGAAGGCCUACAGUCUCAUCAUAUACCAAGAAAUUAAUGACAUCAAGUGCAAGUUGGUCGAAGACCAUAUUAAUAAAAAUGAAGAUGGGACCCCCAAUGUGAGGUUCCUGAACACACAGCCAGAAGCCAUGAACCUAACUAUAGGAGGAGUGGUGUUUUCUGCCCCCCCUGAUUACGGCGUGUCUUCUAACCAGAGCGUGAAACGAGGAGAACACUCAGUGAAGUGCAACACUCAGUCAGCGGACUGUGGACAUCUCUACCUGGGCCUGCUGGACUUUGGAGCUUCUUACACUUUUAUACUCAUAAAUGAAUCAGGGAAAAUUGCGGCUAAAAGGAUGGUGGACGUGACCGCCAACAACGUGCACAUCGCCUGGCAGAUCCCUCAGUACGCCCUCAUCACUGCAGGAGAAGUCAUGUUCUCCAUCACAGGCCUGGAGUUCUCCUACUCACAGGCUCCCACCAACAUGAAGUCGGUGCUGCAGGCCGGCUGGCUGCUCACGGUGGCCUUUGGGAAUGUGAUCGUGCUGAUUGUGGCUGAGGGUGCAGGACUGGAGCAGCUUUAAAUAUACCUGAGAAAUGAAGUUUACAUGAUGUUUCUGUAACAGAAUCCAAGGUGAUGCAUUUGUCUUAUUAAAAAACAAAUUUUUAAACGUUGGUGACAUUUACAUUUCAUUCAUUGGAACCACAUUUUAUUUUUAUUUUAAAAAAUACAGGAAAAAACAGCUUUUUCUACAGUUAUUUUUAACUUGUGAUUUCUGGGAAGUGUCUCAAGCCGACUUUGUUUCACAGCCCACAGUGGGGUCUCCAUGGGAACACUUGAAUCAUUUUUUAAUUUCCUACCAACAUAAGCUUCUUAUGUUAAUGCAAAUAAUGCAUGUGCUGUAAAAAUAAAGGUUUUGGGAAGCAAAUGUGUAAUUUUGUUCAUAUUGCACUCAGACACAGAAAAAAACUGAUUUAUCGGGUACUUCUGACCRUAUUUUAUGGUUUUUAUUCAGGAAAAAUAAGAUUCUAUUGCUCCCUAUAAGCUGCUGUAAAAAUAUAUUAACUGUGAUACUAAAACCUGUUUGUUUUAAAUGUAAAUAAAGUCUGCAAAUGAA